AUGGCGCCACUCAACCUCUACGACACGACCAUCAUCCCCAUCGUCCGCACGCUUCGCAACCUCUCCAGCCUCCUCAAGAAGGGAGAAACCUUUGCCGACGCCAAGGGCAUUCCACACUCGGAGCUCAUUGAGGCUCGCAUCGCUCCCGAUAUGGCCGCGCUUCCCUUCCAGGUCCAGACCUGCUCCAACACGGCCAAGUUCCUAGCGGUCCGCGUCGCCGGGGUGGAAAAUGUCCCGUGGGAGGACAACGAGAAGACCUUUGACGAACUGCAGGCGCGCAUCACCAAGACAAUCGAUUUCCUGAACGCCGUCAAGCGGGAGGAUUUCGAGGGCAAGGAGGCCAACCACGAGAUCACGUUCCAGGGCAUGAAGCUGACCGGGCUGGACUAUGUCAAUGGCUUUGCCCUGCCGAAUUUCUACUUCCACGCUGUGACGGCAUAUGAUAUCUUGAGGAUGAAGGGUGUGGAGAUUGGGAAGAAGGACUGGCUGGGCGCAAAUUGA